AUGGCCUCGAACUAUCCGUCCCACGCAUACACAAUACCACAAGAUAAUCAUCCGUCGAAAUAUGGCUAUCCACAACAGCCAUCGCCGGCAAACUCGACGUCGCCUGUCUCACCACGGAUGAGUGAAUAUAUGCCGCAAGCACCCAAUCCGCGCAAGCAGUUGAGACCCUUGAAGAGUCCGUUAUAUGUGCCCGUUGCGCUGAGACCGACGGAGCAUUUUGCAACACCGAUAACACCUCCCAAGAGUCAACAUGGGUCACUGGACAGCCUGCCUGAGGCUGAGGUUGAUGCCACUUUGCGUGCGGCGCAGAUGAAGCUGGACAUGGAAGUGAUGGAACACCAGUGGGCGAAUGAUGAGGAGCUGGGCGAAGUGACGGGACCACCAACACGCGACCACUGGAGACCAGACGAGGCAUCAUCGACAUGCGACUCUGCUCAGUGCCGUGCAAAUUUCAACCUGUUUGUCCGCAAACACCACUGCCGGCACUGUGGCCACAUCUUUUGUUCGUCGCAUAUACCGCAUACCAUCCCACUGGAUCAGGAGGCUAGGUUUCAUCCGGACGGCGAAGACUCCAAGGCUUGCGAUACUUGCUAUCGCCAGUACCAACGUUGGGACACAGCAAGGUCAUUGAGACGCAAGAACAGUGCCGAGGCUCAGGAUGAGGACAGCCCACCGACACCCUUGGCUGGACCAGGGAGUCAUCGACGCAUGAUCUCUGGCGGGAGUCGCGACCAGCGACCACAACAGCCUGUCAACUCUGUGCCCAGAGAUUGGGCAUGGAGCACCUUCUGA